AUGUAUUUGGUUGCUGGAGGUUCAGUUGGCUUCAGGCUCAGAGGCUCAGUUGUUAACCAUUUUUUUUUUCUUUUCAAUCUACUGUUAGGUUCCAAAGUAACAAGUGAAAGAACCUGGCCCAAGACUUUGUCCAAGUCUUCGUCGUCAGCCUGCUUGAAGUGGAGGAGAGAGAGCAGUGUUUUGAAAAGCUUGCCUAGGCGCUCACCUAGGCGAGAAGCAAGGCGAGGCGAGCUUAUUUCGCCUGGAGGACCCCAGGCGAAGCGAACGUGA